AUGAGUGAGGAUCAUAGAAAGAAAGAGUGUGUGAAGAAGAUCAGGCUGUGCUUGGUGAAGCUCAAGUAUUUGUACGAUAUACAGGAUCGUGAUAUUUGGUAUAUGAAUGUGGUGAAGUUGGGGAAAGAUGAGGUUAGAUUAAUCAAUGAUGACUAUUCGAAAGUGUUUACCAAUGAUUUAUACAAUAUAGGAUUGAAUCUGGGGAGCUCAUUAAGUGGGAAAGAAUUGACUGUGGAAUUGUACAAGUUCAACGAGUCAUUGACGAGGCUUUUAAGCCAACAGAAUAACUUGCCCAGAGAUCCAAUGAUGAAGAAACAAUACAUGAUCAAGGAGCAACUAGAUUGA